GAGAAAAGGACGAGGGGCGGGAAGAAAGCAAUGAAAAAACGACCUUGUUUUGGUUUUGGUUUUCGCGUGCCCUGAGCCAAAAAAUAGAACAACAAAAGCAACAAAAUGACAAAAAUAGGCCAAGAAACCAAGCAUCCAAAACAACCAAAACACACAUACUUUUUACUUAUAUUUCUCCCUUUUUCCCUUUUCUUACUUCACAAGUGUUUACUUUUUAUUUCUCUUUUAAACUAAUUCGUUACAUCUUGCAAUCUUUCACUUUAAAAAAUAAUGUUGCAGCAGCAGAAGCAAGAAAUCGAUGAUCUGGUCGCCACCCAGACUGAGGGCUACACCCCCGGAGAGAAGAAGGAUCUUUCCGAGCUCAAGCAGCUCGACGCCAACGACGAGUCCCUGAACAAAUGGAAGGCGUCGCUGGGUCUUGACAACGCACAAGUUCCGUUCCCUGAGGAUCCUCGUUCGGUCAUCGUCCAUGCCUUGAUCUUCGAAUCCGCUGAAAAGACAAUUGUAAUGGACGUGUCGACGCCUGAGAAGAUUGCCCAGCUCAAGGCUACGCCAAUUGUGAUCAAGUGGGGCGUUGACUACUCGUUCAUCAUUGAGUUCUAUAUCCAGCGCGAGGUCAUUUCAGGCCUAAAGUACCUGCAGCAAGUGAAGCGCAGUAUACUUACUAUAGAGAGGAGCGAGGAGAUGUGCGGAAGCUUUGGCCCCAAGCUUGAUAAGCAGCAGUGCCGUUUCCCUCAGAACACUGCUCCCUCGGGACUUGGCUCUCGCGGUUCGUAUGUUAUUAGAAGCAAGUUUGUUGAUGAUGAUAACAAUGUUCAUCUGGAUGGACCUGGACUAUGGAGAUCAAGAAGGACUGGGCUUGAAAUGAGAAUAAUAUCAAUGUUUUUUGUUUAUCUUUUUUACCCAUUAUUGCUAUUGCCAUUGCUAUAUCUUUUUUCUAUUAUUCUUUACAAGUAUGAAUUUCACUCAUCUUCAUCAUUUACAAAUCAAGUGUAGUAGUGGCAACUCUCUUAUCUUACCUUAUUGUAAUUAAUAACGUGUUAUUAAUUGCAAUGUUUCGUAUGUGCACGUCCACAAUUGCCACUGCGAUUGGCUUAACCCUUUUUAACUGAUCGUUGAUUUAUUGAUUUUUAGAUUAAACAUUUUUUUCCUUGCUUUCUCUGCACACCUUUAUUUGUGACAUUUACAGGUUGUUAGCCCGACGGUUUCUGUUCUAUAUUAUU